GCCAAUGGGCCGAAAAAUAGUUUGGGCUUUGAGAGGACUGGGAGAGACGCUAGGGUUAGGGUUUAUGAGGUGCCCUUGCAUUAGUUUUACAUUUUACAGCUCAUUUGGUUGCGCCUCUGUUCUCUGCCACCGCUGCUGUGUCUAUCGCAACCAUGCCUAAGCAAAUUCAUGAGAUUAAGGACUUUCUUCUCACCGCCAGAAGAAAGGAUGCGAGGUCGGUGAAGAUUAAGAGGAGCAGAGAUGUGGUUAAGUUCAAGGUUAGAUGCUCCAAGUACCUCUACACACUCUGUGUGUUUGAUCCAGAGAAAGCUGAUAAAUUGAAGCAAUCACUUCCUCCAGGUUUGAGUGUUCAAGACCUGUAAGAAGUGACUGAGAGAUUAAGGAGAAGAUUUUCUUUGAUUUUUCUCUGAAGUUUAUUUCUCUGUUGUUGAAGCUUAUUUUGUGAGUUUGUCUUUUAUAUUUAGAACGUUGCUAGGACUUAUUGUUUGAAGUUGUUUUGGAAAAUGAAACUUUAAUUAUGUCUAGUGGAAUAUUUUUUGCUAUGCAAACUAUAUGUAUGAAUUUAUUGUCUGUUUUAUUUUUACUUUGUUUUCAGUCAGGCUACAAGCCUGCUAAUAUAUAUAUUUCACGUUCAUGAGGGAAA